AUGGAUGAGUUACUCGCGCUUCAAAAGUUGUGCUGCUUUCGCAUGCCAGAGGACCGUUUGUCCAUUUCGCCCAUCCCUUUACUGGCUGGAAAACCGAGAGAUGAACAGUACGUUCCCCUAAUGAAGUCAACUGAUAUUCUACUCUACGAACUUCUUCUCAAGUCUGGGGUCCCAGUAGACCAGGAAGUCUUCCGGCAUACACUUGGUCUAAUUCGGAUCGGAUGCAGUCCCGAUGUGAUUCUGGACAUGCUCCGUCACCUGGCGUCCAGGACAACCAGGAACAACUCUCGAAACACCGAUCGCUCAAUCGACUUGCCCGCUCAUAAUUGGUCCCAACUUGUUGGAGGAGAUUCCGCAAGACUCUCUGACUCCACAAACGAACUCCGGAAUGCUCCCAUCCCUCACAGUCGAGCACGUUCAACUCAACCAGCCAAGUCCAACGGCUAACCAGUGAUUGGUUAUUUUCUUACUUUUUUGCCUUGUUUUGUGACCGACUUUGCU